UUUUUGUUAAAAUUAUUAUACUUAAUCAGAAGCUCUAAUCAGUUGAGCUUCAACCUCAAUCCCUCCACUCUUUUCUCACAUAUCGACGUGCCGACGAAGCAAAAAGCGGUGGCAGAGAGAUCCAGAAGAAGAAGAAGCAGAGACUGAAAUCAGAGAAUAGAGAAGACUUAUUACCUGUCGGCGUCACCAAUCCAAUUCGAACAGAGAAUCAAUGGCUUCUGAUAAAAACAUUCGAUGCCAUCAUUGCGCAGGUCCCCUUUCAAAAGAGAUGGAAACCAGUAAGUGGACCGUUGCACCUCUUAUUAGGGAUAGCUUUUCUAUGAUUGGUUCUGCUGUUGGUGGCACCACAAGUGCAUUCUAUGGAUUCCAUCAUGUUAUGCCAGUUGUCCAUAGAUGGGUAAAAGGACCGAUGUGGGUACAUUUUCUCGUUGGUACACCACCUGUGAUAGUAUUCUCCUCAGUAUGCGCAGGACUGGCAGGUGGGGCUGUUCCUGCUUUAGCACAACUUGUUUCUUCAUCUUACCACGCAGCACAAUCAUCACCUCCUUCAGAGGAUGAUAAGAUUCAGAAGUCAAGAACUUCAUCCACUCUCUAAUAUGAAAAUCUAUCUUAUACACAUGCAUAUAGUGGCUUUCUUCUACCAUAAGUGUGCAAAGAGUUUUGUUGUUCUCUUGUAAAUACUGCAUUCCAGAUUUAAUGCUCCACUUUGUAAUUUCACCUCCCAAAAUCAGUACUAGUGGAAUUCAUCAUAAAAUAUCUUAUAGUUUUGCUUGUUA